CCCAGGCGGGGCUGUCUGUCUGCGAAGCCUGGCACCUGUCUGCCAGGAUCGGUGGGUGGUGAGGCUGAGGUGCCCCCUUGCCCAGCGCUGAGUCACGGGCAUCCCCCAGGGUCACCGCCUGAGCUCUCUCAGCCCUGCCCCCUCUGAGAAAUCCGUGACUCACGUAUGGUCCCGUCAUCCCAGCCAAGCUAGGGAAGAGGGAGGAGCCCGACUGGGGCAGGAGGGGGCCGUCCCCCCACAAACAGUCGCAGCCUCACCGCCUCGCCUGCCUCCGCAGCUGCCUGCCCGCCUUGCUCUGCUGCAAGAGAGGAGCUGGGUGCCUCCCACACUCACCAGCCUGCCCACUGGGGGCAGCCUGACCCUGGCUGGGGGGCUAAGCCUCUGAAGUGGGACUUGAAAGGCGUUCCAGCUGCCUGGUCCCACACAGGACCUUCCUCCGGCACCAGGCGGUGACUUCUCAGGGUGACUUUGGGGAGGAAGAUGGCCACCCAAGCGCUACUGCAGACGGCACUGCUCCUGCUGGGUCUGCUCUUCCUGGUUCAAGUCUUUCCCUCCUCAGGUGCCCGUGGCAGGAGCCCCCGUGAAGACUUCCGUUUCUGUGGCCAGAGGAAUCAGACAGAGAAGAGCAGCCUCCAUUAUAGGCAGACAACAGACCUGCACAUCUCCAUCAAGAACUCCGAGGAAGCCCUCACAAUCUACGCCCCCUUUGCGGGAGCCCUCCCGACCUCCCGAUUCUUCCCCGACCCCAGGGGCCUCUACCACUUCUGCCUCUACUGGAACCGCCAUGCUGGGAAAUUUCAUCUUCGCUAUGGCAAGAACGACUUCUUGCUGAGUGACCAAGCCUCUAGACUCCUGUGCUUCCGGCACCAGAAGGAGAGCCUGGCCCAGGGUCCCCCACUGCUCGCCACCUCUGUCAGCUCCUGGUGGAGCCCCCAGAAUACCAGCCUGCCCAGUGCUGCUGGCUUCACCUUCUCCUUCCACGAUCCCCCCCAGAAAGCCUCCCACAAUGCCUCGGUGGACAUAUGUGAGCUGAAAAGAGACCUUGAGCUGCUCAGCCAGCUUCUGAAGCACCCCGGAAAGACCUCGAGGAGGCCCUCGUCCACCCCUGCCAGCCAGCAGCUGCAGACCCUGGAGUCGAAGCUGACCUCCGUGAGGUUCACGGGGGACACCCUGUCCUUCGAGGAGGACCUGGUCAACGCCACGGUGUGGAAGCUCCAGCCCACAGCCAGCCUCCAGGACCUGCACAUCCACUCCAGGCUUGAGGAGGCACAGAGCGAGAUCCGGGAGUACUCGGUGCUGCUGCCCCGCGUGCUCUUCCAGAAGACCAAAGGCCGGAGGGGGGAGGCUGAAAAGAGGCUGCUUCUGGUGGACUUCAGCAGUCAAGCCCUGUUCCAGGACAAGAAUUCUAGCCAAGUCUUGGGUGAGAAGGUCUUGGGUAUCGUUGUGCAGAACACCAAAGUAGCCAACCUCUCGGAGCCUGUGACGCUCACCUUCCAGCAUCAGCCACAGCCGAAGAACGUGACUCUCCAAUGUGUAUUCUGGGUUGAAGACCUGACAUUGAGCAGCCCGGGGAGCUGGAGUGACGCAGGGUGUGAGACCAUCAGGAGAGAGACGCAGACGUCCUGCCUCUGCAACCACCUGACCUACUUUGCGGUGCUGAUGGUCGCCUCCGUGGAGGUCGAUGCCAUACACAAGCACUACCUGACCCUCCUCUCCUAUGUGGGCUGUGUCAUCUCCGCUCUGGCCUGCGUCCUCACCAUCGCCGCCUACCUCUGCUCCAGGAGGAAGACUCGGGAUUACACCAUCAAGGUGCACAUGAACCUGCUGCUGGCUGUCUUCCUGCUGGAUGUGAGCUUCCUGCUGAGUGAGCCCGUGGCCCUGGCAGGCUCCGAGGCUGGCUGCCGGGCCAGCGCCAUCUUCCUGCACUUCUCUCUGCUCGCCUGCCUCUCCUGGAUGGGCCUCGAGGGUUACAACCUCUACCGACUCGUGGUCGAGGUCUUUGGCACCUAUGUCCCUGGCUACUUGCUCAAGCUGAGCAUCGUGGGCUGGGGCUUCCCCGUCUUCCUGGUGACAUUGGUGGCACUGGUAGACAAGAACAACUAUGGCUCCAUCAUCCUGGCUGUGCACAGGACUCCGGAGAGUGUCAUCUACCCUUCCAUGUGCUGGAUCCGGGACUCCCUGGUCAGCCACGUCACCAACCUGGGCCUCUUCAGCCUGGUGUUUCUGUUCAACACUGCCAUGCUGGGUACCAUGGUGGUGCAGAUCCUGCGGCUGCGCCCUCACGCCCAGAAGUGGCCCCACGUGCUGACGCUGCUCGGUCUCAGCCUGGUCCUCGGUCUGCCCUGGGCCCUGAUUUUCUUCUCCUUUGCUUCUGGCACCUUCCAGCUGGUCGUUCUCUACUUCUUCAGCAUCAUCACCUCCUUCCAAGGCUUCCUCAUCUUCCUCUGGUACUGGUCCAUGAGGCUGCAGGCCCGGAGCGGGCCCUCCCCUCUGAAGAGCAGCUCGGACAGUGCCAGGCUCCCCAUCAGCUCGGGCAGCACCUCGUCCAGCCGCAUCUAGGCCAUCAGCCACCUUCCAGGAGCUGUGUGAGGAAACCGAGUUGCGGCCUCUCCUCACCGCCGCCCGCCGCCCCCGCAGCCAGGCCGGACACUUCAGGGUCAGCCGGAGACUUGAGAAGAAGGCCCAGGGACCUCAGAGUGAGGGGACGGUUGCCCUUGGCAGCCAGACCUCCAGGCUGGGCCUUCUGAAUUGGCCUGCAGACUGCUCGGCUCUCAGGUCCAGCUCACAUGGGGCUCAGGAGUGGGACCGUCCCGCUGCUGUCCUCGCUGGGGGCCGAAGGCUGUUCUUAAGUCACCGCCGCUGGGCCUGGCCCUCGUGGCUGGUGAUGGGAGCCCUCACGGCCCGAAGGUCAGGUCCCGGGCCUGUGAGGCCCGGUGGCAACCUUGGUCCUGUGCCCCCACCCAGGACAGAAAUGUGCCAUAGCUGUUCUGUCUCUGGUGAUCACCAUGAGGGUGCUCGGCAGUCCUGUUAUUUUAGCUUGAGAGUGGUACUCAGGGCAUGUGGGGUUGGGGCAGAGCUUUGAGCCAGACCUCUGGAGGAGAGCCCCCUCCUGGGCAACAUCGCCUCUACCUCGGAGCCCAGGGCCCUCCGUCAUCCUCCCCAGCCCGCCCUCUCCAGCCCUCCACUCAGCCCCAGGGGGUCCCCUGGGGGCCCCCAGGCCCAAUGCUAUAUUUUGGGUUGUGGUUUCCAAGAGCUGCCUGGUGCCUGCCGUAAACCUCUAUCUACUGCACGGACUUUUGCCUGCCCUUGACUCAGGCAGAGUAUAGACAUUAUGGGCUGGGACAGGUCUGUCUGUCCAUCUGGGCCUUUCUAUAAGCUGCAUCACCCUUGCUCACCACUGCCAAGCCCAUCCCUCACAGGGGCCCUCAGCCUCUCUCGAAGCCCUCUUGUGGCAAGAACGGUGGGGCACAGCAACGCAGAAUUGUUUCUGCUCCAGUGCCCCAGAAGACUGAGACGUGCUUCCCCCGGUGACCCUGGCCUAGAGCCCAACGUGCUCCUAAAGGGUCAGAGCUACAGGUGUGGGGUUAGCAGAGCCAUCGUUUCUUGCUGGGGACCCAGGAAGACUUCCUGUAGGAGGCAGCUUUUGAUCUGGAUCUCCGCCUUAAAGAUGUGGAGGCCUUUCUUUUUAAGUACUGCUAUCUCAUUUGUCUUUUGAAUUUAAAGAAGUAGACGUUUGUUGUAGAGAAUCUGGAAACUGUAGAAGAGUACACAGAAGAAAAUAAAAAUCAUCUCUUGUUAUCACCUAACAAACCAAUG